GCAGGGGCGUGACCUUUAGCGUAAGGGGCGGAGCCUGACCGCCCAUUCUGACCCCGACCUUACUGCACCUCGACCCGCAAAGCACAUGGCGCGGCACGUGUUCCUCACCGGGCCUCCAGGGGUUGGCAAGACAACCUUGAUCCAGAAAGCCAGUGAGGUCCUGCAGUCCUCCGGCAUGCCCGUUGAUGGAUUUUACACGCAGGAAGUCAGGCAGGGCGGGAGGAGGAUAGGAUUUGAUGUGGUCACCCUGUCCGGCGCUCGGGGGCCUCUGUCCAGAGUUGGGUCACAGCCUCCACCUGGAAAGCCCGAAUGCCGAGUGGGGCAGUAUGUGGUGGACCUAGCGUCUUUUGAGCAGUUGGCACUACCUGUCCUAAGAAACGCUGGUCCCAGCCGCAACCCCGGGCACAGUGUGUGCGUCAUUGAUGAGAUUGGGAAGAUGGAGCUGUUCAGCCAGCCUUUCAUUCAGGCGGUCCGCCAGACGUUGUCCACCCCGGGCACCGUGGUCCUUGGCACCAUUCCAGUUCCCAAAGGGAAGCCACUGGCCCUCGUGGAGGAGAUCAGGAACAGGCACGACGUGAAGGUGUUCAGUGUGAGUGAACCAGCACUUGUGCACCCCUGCCCUGGGAUCCCGUCCUUGCCCCUGCCACCUUCCUCUUCUGCCUUCUGCCAGUGGCGUAGUCAGUGCGGAGUUUGAGGGGUUGCUUGGGAAGGUCUGUCCAGGGAGGAACCAUGCCACGCAGGCCAGAGCCUGACAGGUCAUGUACUCAGUGGCAGAGUUCCAGCCCCAACCCCAGCUGAAAGGUGUAUGCUUAUAGGAAAAUUAGUUACUCAAGUCUGGGCCUUGACUUCGGGAUUGUCUCAUUAAGAAAACAAAGUAAACCUGUAAAAGAUGGGCACAAGUUUGAGGAGCUGUUUUCCCAAGGAGCAUGAGGAAGCCACGGCAAACACAGAGGAUAUGUGCACCCCACCAUGGUGACCAUGAGGCACCACACCACGCCCACUAGGAUGCCUUCCAUGGCAUAGUUAGAGAGAGGUGGAAGGGCUUGGGGAAACCUGAGCCUCCCUACCCUGUUGGUGGGAAGGAGCUGAGCUGUCCCUGAAAAACUUCUGGCUUCUCCAGGUGUGUGUUAGUCAUGAUGCCAGCAAAUCCACUCCUAGGCAGUCACGGUGCCAGCAAGUCCACUCCUAGGCAUGCACACGGAAGACUUGAAGACACGUGAUGCAAAGCUUGAACGAAUGCCCAUAGCAGUGUUAUUUACGGUGCUUUACAGAAUGAGAGGACCCAGACGUCCACCAGCAGCUGACCGGGCGGGGAACCUGUGCUCCAGCCAUAUAGUGUGCGUUACUUAGCCACACAAAGGGAUAUAGUGCAGCCACAUCCAGAGACCUGGAUGAGUGCUGUAUCAUGCUGAGUGAAAGAAGGCGGUCCUAGCAGGUCACAGGCUCCACAACUCCAUUUAUAAACUGUCGAGAAGAGUGAUGGGUAGGAAGGUGGGAAGGAGGUGGCCAUGAAUGGGGACCUUGUCUGAGAUGAACCAGGGUUAUGUAAAGACAAAUAGAUGUCGCUGUCCUUGUGAGUAACCGGAGCUGUGAGCCGCUGCUGCUGUGUGAUGCUCGCUAGGGCUCAGGUUCAGCCCAGGGUCUCCUUGCUUCUUUCCAGUCAGGCUGCAGCGGCUCGGCUCCACUUCCUCCUGUCGCCGUCCUGUGCGUCCACAUGGACUUGAUGAUCCCGAAGAGCCAGCCUCUGCCUCCAUCCCCUGCUUUCAGGAAAAUGUUGGUUCGAAGGACAGGAGGGACGUGCUCUUUACGCGUGCUCUCUUGCCUCUUCCCAUAGGUCACUAAGGAGAACAGAAAUAACCUCUUGCCAGAUAUUGUGACCUGUGUGCAGAGCAGCAGGACCUGAAGUGGCAGGGGACCAGGUCCAGCUCUGCCUGCUGGUCACUCCCUGCCCAGGUUUGCUACCUUCCUGUCAUGGGCC